AUGUUCCGCGCUGUUACCCGUGCCCUCCCCGUCCGCGCCGUCCAGGCCCGCGCCAUGUCGUCCUCCUCCAAGGCUCCCCAGGCCGGCUUCUGGAAGACCUGGAUCAUCGGCAUGCCCGUCGACGUGUACCCGCUCGCAGCCAUUGUCACUAUCGCCUGCAGCGGAUCCGGUUACAUCAUGUACAAGCACCUCACUGAGGACUCUAAGCGCGGCGAGCUGCGCCUCCUCCCCACCCACCUGCAGUAG